ACGUUUGAUGAUUUUGGAUUUGACGUAUGAGCGAAACGUACUCGAUAGGUUAGGAUAGGUUAGCUUGAAACGUCGUGUUGAUUGUGUUCGGGGAACGUGUUUUUUUCCUUUCUCGUUAAAAUAUUGUAAAAUCAUGCUCGAUCUUUUUACGAUAUUCAGCAAGGGCGGCAUAGUGCUCUGGUGCUUCCAGAGCACGUCUCAAAUUUUUGCGCCCAGUGUCAAUGCCCUGAUAAGAGGUGUCAUAUUACAGGAACGUACAGGCAAUCAUAGCUUUGAGCAUGAUUCCUUGCGGUUGCAGUACAAACUUGACAAUGAGUUCGAACUGGUAUUUGUAGUGGCAUACCAGAAGAUAUUGCAAUUAUCUUAUGUGGACAAAUUCUUGAAUGACAUUCAUCUAGAGUUCAGGGAUCGCUUUAAGAAUGAGCUUGAGAGCUCGAACUGGUUCACUAACUUUGAGUUUGAACAUACCUAUCAUGUAGUCCUCGAACAGGCUGAGCAAUGGUCACGUACACAAGCUAAAAUACCGAAGCAAAUGCGCACCUUUGACGAGAGUCUGAAGUCUAAAAAGACUGUUGCUAGUAUGAUCGAGAAAAAAGAUGAUAAAGAUGAUAAGAAGCCAGGUAAAAGGAAGAAGGCAAUUAAUUCUAAUGGGGAUUAUCAUACAAAAAUUCAAGAAACUCCAAAGCCAAAUUUAUUGAAACAGCAAGCAGAACAUAAUGGAGAACUUGAUGAAGAAAUUCUAAUCGCUAAUCGUAUGAAGCUUGCUCAGAAAAUGGCAGGUCAGAAGAAGAAAGCUGACAAGCAGAAGAGUCCUAAACCUGAAAAGGCUGGCAAGAAACCGCGCAUUUGGGAAUUAGGUGGAACAACCAAGGAUCUUGCUACACUGGAGCGAACAAAAGACAAGCCUGAAGAAAGUGGCAAUUAUGUGGCAGCCAAUACAGCUUUAGUUGGACAAAUGAAGGGUGGCAUACGUGAUCUCGAAGUGAAUAGCGAAUCCGAGGACAAUUCCGAUCAGGAGGAGAUAGAGCAUUCCAAACUGCAAAUGCAGAAGAAAAAUACGAGUAUGUUUUCCAUGUUCAAGAGUCUAGUCGGUAGCAAAUCUCUAAAACAGGAGGGUAUGUUACCGGUCUUGGAAAAAUUGAAGGAUCACCUAAUCACUAAGAAUGUCGCCGCCGACAUCGCUCAGAAAUUAUGUGAUUCCGUUGGCACGAAGUUAGAGGGAAAGGUACUCGGUACCUUCGAUAGCGUAGCGAACACUAUAAAGGCCACUCUGACGGAUGCUCUGGUACAGAUACUAUCGCCCAAAAGGAGAAUUGAUAUUCUACGAGAUGCUUUGGAAGCACAGAAAAGUAAUAGACCUUAUGUCAUGACUUUUUGCGGCGUCAACGGAGUUGGCAAAUCGACGAAUCUAGCGAAGAUCUGCUUCUGGCUGAUAGAAAACAAUUUCCGCGUGUUAAUUGCUGCAUGCGAUACGUUCAGAGCUGGAGCAGUCGAGCAACUGAGGACGCAUAUGCGACAUCUGAACGCCCUGCAUCCACCAGAGAAGCACAGAAAUCAAUCAAUGGUGCAGCUAUAUGAAAAGGGUUACGGUAAGGAUGCCGCGGGUAUCGCCAUGGAGGCGAUUCGCUUUGCGAAGGAUUCUAGAAUCGAUGUAGUCCUAGUUGACACCGCCGGUAGAAUGCAGGAUAACGAACCAUUGAUGCGAGCCCUGGCAAAGUUGAUAAAGGUAAACGAACCAGAUUUGGUAUUGUUCGUCGGAGAGGCUCUCGUCGGUAAUGAAGCUGUUGAUCAGCUAGUGAAAUUCAAUCAGGCCUUAGCUGACUACAGUCAGUCCGCUAAUCCUCACAUUAUCGAUGGUAUUGUACUGACAAAGUUUGAUACAAUCGAUGAUAAGGUAGGCGCAGCAAUCACAAUGACAUACAUUACUGGCCAGCCUAUUGUUUUUGUUGGAACUGGCCAAACUUACACUGAUUUAAAGUCAUUGAAUGCCAAAGCUGUAGUGCACGCUUUGAUGAAAUGAAUGUUAUACAGGGAAUAAUAAAUCUUUAAAAACAUUCUGACUGUAA